AUGAUCACCCCCGUAUGGUGAAAAUAUAUAUGAGAUAUGCAGUUUUAGUUUGUAAAUACGGUAAAGUUAAAUAAAAAAAAUUUUUGAGGUAAGAAGAAGAUCACAUAGCGAUAAAUAAAUGUUUGUUGCAUUUUGACUUUAUUGCUUUUUUCAUAAAAGGUUACAAAAGAAAAUGGAUAUUCGUUCAAUAUGCUUCGACUUGAAUUGUCAUAAAUUAAACCAUAAUAAAAAUAGUUGCCAGAAUGACGCAACAUUUUUGACAAUGUUAGAUGCCCAUCCCGUAAAAGAAAUACUUGACAAUUUCACCUGGAACAAUGAAAAUAUUUUGUCGAUUGCAGCUAAAUGGGCAACUUUGGAUGAGUUUGAAAUGCUAAUGGAUAAAUGUGACGGUCAGGACAUUGCAAACACACAAAGUAAUAAUGGUGUUGAUAUUUAUGAUUCUGCAAUCUUAAAUGAGGACGUGAAUGUGUUAAAACACCUGGCAUUGGAGAUGAAAGUACUUCCUCUAUACUCAAAUGGUACAUCAGCUUUAGGAAUAGCCGUUAAGAAAAAAAAACAUAAAUGCUGUAGCCAUUUUGUAUAAACAUAUGAGACAGAAUUACCUAGAAGAUGUACUGGAGAAAUAUGUUGUUAAAGAAGAUGUUUCGCGAUUAGUUUCAUUAUUUCAAAAAGAGGAAAAGCAAGUCGGAUUAUUUGUGAAAUAUCUUUUAAAAUCGGGUAACGACUUUAAAGAGACAGAAAAUAAUAGAUUAAUUGCGGAACUUUUGUUGCAUCCUGCCUUUUUUCAAGAUGAAGUUUAUAAUAAUAUACUUUUAUAUACUGCCUUUUAUUCUCCCAUUGAUACAAUAUUUUACAUCUUUCACGGAAUACGAGAUCUUAUAACUGAAGACUAUUUCAAUAAUGACUUGAAGUAUAGUAUCAGCGCAUAUGGAGAGGAUGUUUUGUCAAUCCUAACAAAUUUUAGAAUACCGAAUGAUGAAGUAACGCCUAAGGAAUUUAGGAAAUUGUACAAAGAAUUUUUUUAUGAUAAAGAUGUCCCACCGACAAACUAUACAAAUAAAGGAUCCGCGUUGUAUCACUUAAUACAGCACAAACAACUCGAGUUAGCAUUGUUUGUUCUGCAAAAAACAAAUAUCAAUAUACUUAGUAAUGGUCAAAGGGAAAGUCUUUUGUCAGCAAUUAAGAAGCUCAGUUUGAAUCUUAAACAUAUAUCCCUGGCUAGUAAAGAUGAAAGACUCUGCUGGGGUAAAGCCUUGUCAUUACCUUCUGUUUCACAUCCGAGUGGACGCGAAGCGAAGGCAAGAGCAGGGUGUCACAUUUUGCGAGAGAAAAGCGCGCCACCAAAUAGUAGAGCGCAGAUACUUCGACAGAUAGCUACUCAGUUAUUGAAUUUCCGCGCCCGAUGGCGUAGGAAAUUCUUUAAAACCGUCGUUUUUUUCUUUCGGAACAUUUUUUGAGAAAAAAUCGACCCUGGGAUUUCACGUUCCUCUGAGAGGAUAGUAUUGGAAUAACUGACUAACUAACUAACCCUGUCCCAAAUGGUCAAUUGUAACGUUACAGAUUUAAACUUCGUACCCAAACUUCCUAAGUACUUGGAAGUCAUCCAAAUGACGUUUCAGGCCAAGUUGGUUUUUGUUUUCGAGAAAAUUUGACACAGUUAACAAAAAAAGUAUGCUGAACAUAAUGGUGACAUUAUUUUUGUCACCUAAAUGUAAUUUUAGGCCAAAAUUAGUCCAAAAAUUAAAACUAAUUUAUUUUUGACAAAAUUUGGUACAGUUAAAAAAAAAGUUUGCUGAACAUGAUGGUGAUUUUAGGCCAAAAUUAGUCCAAAGAUUAAAACUACUUUAUUUUUAACAAAAUUUAGCAUAGUUAACAAAUAAAGUAUACCGAACAUGAUGGUGACAUUAAAAUUUUGAUUUUUGCCACCUUAAAUGUCAUUUUAGGCCAAAAUUGGUCCAAAAAUUAAAACUACUUUAUUUUCAACAAAACUUAGCACAGUUAACAAAAAAGGUAUGCUGAACAUGAUGGUGACAUUAAAAUUUUGAUUUUGCCACCUUAAAUGUCAUUUUAGGGCAAAAUUGGUCCAAAAAUUAAAACUACUUCACUUUCAACAAAAAUUAGCAAAGUUAACAAAAAAGGUAUGCUGAACAUGAUGGGACAUCAAAAUUUUGAUUUGUGUCACCUAAAUGUCAUUUUAGGCCAAAAUUGGUCUAAAAAUUAAAACCACUUCAUUUUCAGCCAAAUUUGGCACAGUUAACAAAUAAAGUAUGCUGAAAAUGAUGGCUAUACAAAACUUGGAUUUUUGUUCACGUAAAUGUCACUUCAAGCCAAAAUUUGUCUAAAAAUUAAAACUACUUUAUUUUCGACAAAAAUUGGCACAGUUAACAAAAAAAGUAUGCUGAACAUGAUGGUCACAUCAAAAUUUUGAUUUUUUGUCAACUAAAUGCCGUUUAAGAGCAUAAACGUUUCAAUCGCAAGACUUUUAACCAUGAAUGAUAGGCUGUAUUUUUUGUUAGCAAUUUCUUUUAAAUGUGAAUUUAUUAUGACACGUUUUGUUUUGUUUGCGUUUGUUGUAAGAUAUAAUGUCACUUGUGUGGUUUAACUUCAGAGCUUCAUGCAACAAACCUCUUCGAAUGUUUGGCAUGAUAACACAACGAAUUAGCAGGUUGCCAUCAAAUGUUUUGGUAGCGAGCGGAAAUUCUUAGAGCCCCCAGGGCUUCUUGUUUUAUCUGUUAAACAAUCGAAAGAAAAUAAAUUUGACCGAAGUUCAAGUGAUGCUGGUAAAAAACGAAAAAUAUUUAAUGCUUUUUAUAGCCUUUAAUCCUACAGAUGACGACACGCUUCAAAAGAUUAAAGAAAAUACAUCUUCGGUAAAAUCGGUAUUGGAAUUAAUACAAAUUAAUUACAGUAGCGACAUCAGGUGGAGUAUGCAUCGUUCGAAACGAUACAGUAAAAAAUUGAAAUCACGUAUACAUAAUCCAGAGAACAAGACUCUUGCCAAAGUGUUGGAUCAACCUCCAAUCGUUGUUGACAGUUUAGACAACACUUUUGAAAUGAAUAAAUUGUACUUGCUAUGUUGCAACGGUUCUUAUGAUAAAGAAAGACAUGCUGAAGAGAUUUUAUGCGACGCAGCUGACAAGAUAAAAAAGAAUUCCUGGAGAGAAAUGAAAUUUUCCAUUUAUGGAAAAAGGCGACCAUGUAUGAGUUGCUCCGGUCGAAUGAAAGUUGCAAAGAUUCAUCAUUAUAAUCCCAAUCCCGGAUAUUACUGGUAUCCUUGUAUUGAGCAUCAAUCGGAAGAAAGUGCCAGAGAAACAUUAAAUAUAUUGAUGACAAAGGUGCCAUGUGUGACAAUUGAGUGGGGUACACGGAUGAGAGAUUACGAUACCGCAUCUAACUCUGAUUAGCUAUGUAAAAAAAUUUUUUUCAGUAUAUUAUCAGCUAUACCAAGAACCUUUGUUAAAGAGACAAUCCAUGUUAUGUUUUAAAACAUAUUCGUUAUUUUCAGAACAUUUUUUAUCGGCAUCCUUUGGAACUUGCAGAGAAUCGCGUUAACGAUAAAAUCAAAAUCAAAAGUUCUUAAUAUUUUUAGAGCGCUAACAGAGCGUUAACGUUACAGCAGGUAUGUUUUGACGUUUUUACUAUAAAAACUUUCAAGUAUUACUUAACGCAUAUAUGCCCACCAGAAUUAUCGCUGCAUUAGCGCGCAAUGGAAACCAAGCCUUAUACUGAAACUUGUUUUCUUAAAACCAUAAUUUAAUUCAAUCCGUAUUUAUCACGUCCCAGCACGGAUACGCUAUGUCCUUAAAAGGCUUUAAACCAAACAAAACAAAACAACAACAAUGACGUCAUUGUUUUUUAUUUAAAAAUGAAUGUGUACCCACAGUCUUAGUGAGGCACGUUAAUAUAAAAUUAGAUUAGAUGUACUGUCGCCGGAUAUAUUUAAAAAGGAUGAAAUUAGGAUGAAAUUAUUCUAAAAUUCAAAAUAAGUCUGUUUCCGUACUUCUUUGUUGGUGUACUUGGCUAUACAAAAUAUACUAUUCACACCACAGUAAUGCAAUGUUAAAAAUACAAUGGUGCUGGUAGUGGGGCAGAAUUAUCCUCUACCAUAUCAACAGUCUCAUCAAGAAAUACAUUUGUCACUUUGAGAAAGAAAGAUAGUAUGCGCAUUAAAUUUAAAGCAAUGAAGAAUCUCGAAAAAGCUAGAGUUAGAAGGAGACAACUGCGAGCUAUAAAAAAGACUAAACAGGACAAACUAACAAAGAAGCAAAAGUCUAGCUACCAGACAGGUAGCUAUGGACUGUCUGAUCAACCUAAAGAUAUAACUCUUUCAAUUAAAUCAAAAAAAAAUCAAAUUCAAAAUUAACCAAACAGAAUGUAAGCCAUCCAACGAAUGAAGAAAUGAGAAAAAUAGCAUGUGUCGUUACCAAGAAUAAAAUCAAAAAAGUGAAAAUUACAUUUGUCAAUGACAAUGAUAUACCCAUGAUGAACAAUUUUAAUGAGAAAAGUCAUUGAUAGAAUUAUCUAGAUGGGUUUAAUAGCUAAUUUAUUUCAACUGGCAUUUAUUGUUGUUGUGAUGUAUAUAUCUUUAUGUCUUAGUAUACAUUUUUCAUUUAA